CCUACGUGGUGGUCAGGGACACCGGUGAGGAGGAGGGCAAGAACGUCUCCUGCCAGGCUGACUCCUACCGCGGCUCCUUCCGCUGCUCCUGGACGGGGCCCCGCUCUGCCGUCUUCCGUGCCCGGCUCAUGCGCAGGUGGGUACCCGGGACCCCGGCCCCAGCCCCGCGGGCGCCCAGCGCUCAUUUCUGCCUUGCUUUGCAGUAAUGGAUCCGUCGGGGACUGGGUACCGGUGGCCGGUCGUGGUGGCCAGUUCAACGCCAGCUUCACGGACCCCUCCUUCUGCCCCUUCGCGGAGGAGCUGCACCAACUGCAACUGCACCUGGAGGGGCUCUCGGACACCUCCUUCUUCAACUUCACCUCUCCCCACUUCUUCAUCCGUGACAUUGGUGAGCUCAACCCAGCAACAGCGGGGUGCGGGAGACACCUUCAGGGUGGGGGUCUGGGUGCCGGGGCCCCUUGGGACGGCUCCGGACCCAGGCUGGGCAGCGGUGCCCCGUGCUCAGCCCCUGCUGUGCUCUGUGCUGCCCGCAGUGCGCCCAGAUCCACCCCAGGAGCUGACCGUGCACCAGCAGAGGGGGCAGCUCCACCUGGCCUGGGCCCCCCCAGCCUCCUGGCCGCUCCCCAGGUCCUACUUUGCUCUUCUGUACCGGCUGCAGUACGAGCUCUCCAACGGCACCCAGGUUGAGAAGUUCGUGGAGGGCACAGAGGAGACGAUCGUGCAGGGGCAUGUGCGGCGGGUGCGCAUCAGCUGCCAGGACCCCUACUCCAAACCCUCCUGGAGCCCCUGGAGCCCCUGGCAGGUGGUGGAUGCAGCCCAGCAGCACAGGCUGCGUGCACACUGAGCCUCUCCCCCAGACCACAGCACCCCAGGGUGCCAAGGGACGCCCAGCCCAGGGCCUCAAGGGGAGCUUGGGCCAAGGCACGGUGUCCCCUGGGUGCAGUAGCCAGAGGUGCCCCCCCACCAACAUUUGCAUUCACUUUUGUUAUUUUUAAAUGGAUUUUUAUCCCUAUAAAAGAGCUGAGCUUGGCUUUGCUAAAAGAAAAAUCGUUUUGUUUUUGUGUGUGU